GGAAGGCUACCUACGUUUGGGGCUUUAAGCGGCUUGGGGAGCGGGGAAAGCGUCCACCAAUUGGGAGGUGCUGACGGGAAUCCGGGAGAUUCGGAUCUCCAGGUUCAUUCAGUGAGUAACCGAGAAGCAAAAUAAGACUUUGAGAGCUCUAAAAGUUGGGAAUAGUUGUACGAGAGGCUCUUGCAGGUUAGGCACACGACGGAUUAAUAAUAGGGAAAGGGAAUCAUUAAUAAAGAGAAAUAUUCGAGGGCUUGGAGAGAAAAGUCCCGAUGGGCUUCUGUUGAAUGCUUUACAUUGCCUGGAGUUCAAGCCACCCAUACCUCCAGAAGCUCAAAACCAGCCAACGUAGCAUUGCACCUUCCUGCCAUUUUAUCCUCACCCCAGCCCUGAAGAGUUUAGGGAUUUAGGGAUUUGGACUUAUUCGGGGCGAUCAAUAUUUUCAUGGCGGGCAUUGAACCUGUCUCUUGCUGGCUCAUUCAUUCAGGUUAGGGGUGGGGACUGGGUUGCAACUCAGCAUCGGUAUUAAUUCCGCAUUAAACGGAAUCGGUGGUCGCAGCUUUCCCGAAAAAAACAGGAGCGGCUUAAAAGUCCUGUCAGUAAAGGGAUGAGAAGAGAGAAGGACUGACUUCCACCCAGAAAGCGAGCAUCUUCUUUUUGACCUACUGAAAGAAACCAAGGGACAAGCUGGAGCCCCCACCCAUGCAGACUGACCUUAGCAGUUGGAGUUUUGCGGACCGAUGUGUUUCUCUGCUGCUGCUCUGCAAGUUCUGCCAACAGGUGCUUAGUUCACGGGGCAUGAAAGCUGUGCUUCUGGCUGAUACAGAGACCGACCUCUAUUCAGACAUGCCUCCCACCAGUACAGUUGACUUCAUUGGAAACUGCUAUUAUACAGAAAUGUGCAGUUGUAAACUGAUGAAUGUUGCUUGUUUGAAAUGUGGUAAUGUUGUAGGCUACCAUGUGAUUGCUCCAUGCAAACCUUGCUUGUUCUCAUGCAACAAUGGACACUUCUGGAUGUUUCACAGUAAAGGCCGUUUUGGAAUUGACAGAUUUGAUUCAUCUGGUACAGAUUUCUUGCUCUGGGGCAACUUACCAGAUUUACAUGAAAGCACUGAUGAAGAUGUAUCCAGCACCUCUGAGGAGGAAUAUAUCAGAUAAUUAUUGUCUGCACUGCACUGCACCCCCUGAUAUGUUUCUUGUAUUCACAAGAAGUAUAAGGCACUGAUCCCAGGAAGACAGUACAAAGGAAGGGGGAAAACUGUUCAAAGACUGAUACCUGUCAUCAAAAACUAUCGGAUCUAGUAAGCAUCUUGCUACAUAAUGAGACUAAUAUGUAAAGAUGAAAAUGCAAUUCUUACUUGUUCAUGUUCUAAAAAAGACAAAAUCCACAUAUAUGCAUAUUUGGCUUCUGGAGUCACUUGAUUUUACCUGUUUCCAAAUUAUGACAAUCAAAUAGGUUUCACACCCCUGUCAAUUAUUGUUACAUUACAAUAGCUCUAAUAGCCACAUAAGAAAAUAAAUCCUAUAGUGCUUGA